UCACAAAACAGGCAACUUUUGAUUCACUUCACCAUCCAACAAUCACUCUCAUACCAAUCUUCUCAAAAUCUCUGAUUUGUAUAUAUAAUCACUCAUCUUCUCUGAUUCUCUCCUCCAAAAACAUCCCACUAAUUGAUUUCAGCUUUCAGUCUCUACUCAAUCCUUCUGUCUUCUUUCUUCAUCUGUAUAUUUAACUAAACCCUCCAAAAUAACCAAACCCUGCGUUGUUCAUUCUAUAUAUCUCAGAAGUCCUCUGUUUUCUGACAUCGUUACAGUACUAUAAUGGCUCCUCCAAGUUUGAGCAAAUCCUCCUCCAAUUUUACCAAGUACGUUGAUGGCUUCAACCCUUCACCGUUUCGCAUACACGGGUCAAACCUACUGGUCAAAGACCACGUUGUUCUCUCCGACGUGCCUGAAAACAUCACGGCCAUUCCCUGUUCCUACACAUCCACCACCCCAUCCCUCUCCACCUCCGGCUGCUUCAUCGGCUUCGACGCUGCUAACGCGAGCAGCCGCCAUGUGGUCCCCAUAGGAAAACUCAAGAACAUAAGGUUCAUGAGUAUUUUCAGGUUCAAAGUCUGGUGGACCACCCACUGGAUCGGCUCCAACGGGCGAGACCUUGAGACCGAGACCCAGAUGAUCAUGCUCGACAAGUCGGACUCGGGUCGGCCAUACGUCCUCAUACUCCCCAUCAUAGAGGGUCCGUUCCGGGCUUCAAUCCAACCGGGUGAAGACGACAACAUCGACGUCUGCGUCGAGAGCGGGUCCUCUCAAGUAUCCGGUGACUCAUACCGCAGCGUCGUUUACCUACAUGCCGGCGAAGACCCGUUCAGUUUAAUGAAGGAGGCGAUGAAGGUCGUGAGAGCCCAUCUCGGCACGUUCAAUCUCCUGGAGGAAAAAAACCCUCCUGGCAUCGUCGACAAGUUUGGGUGGUGCACAUGGGACGCAUUCUACCUUACGGUGCACCCGCAGGGCAUAUGGGACGGCGUUAAGGGUCUCGUCGACGGCGGGUGUCCUCCGGGACUCGUCCUCAUCGACGAUGGAUGGCAGUCCAUCUGUCACGACCGGGACCCGAUAGCCAAAGAAGGCAUGAACCACACCGUCGCCGGCGAGCAAAUGCCAUGCAGGCUCAUCAAGUACGAAGAGAAUUACAAGUUCAGAGAAUACGUGAGUCCCAAGAGGUCAGGUUGUUCAGGGGAGAAAGGUUUGGGUGCGUUCGUGAAGGAUUUGAAAGAGGAGUUUAAGACCGUUGAUUAUGUUUACGUCUGGCACGCGCUUUGUGGGUAUUGGGGUGGGCUCAGGCCCAACGUCCCAGGGCUGCCGGAAUGUGUGGUGGAGAAGCCCAAAUUGUCGCCGGGACUCGAGACGACGAUGGAGGAUUUGGCCGUCGACAAGAUCGUGAAUAAUGGUGUGGGCCUGGUCCCCCCGCAUAUGGUCGAUCAGAUGUACGAAGGGCUUCACUCCCACUUGGAGGCCUCCGGGAUAGAUGGGGUGAAGGUCGAUGUCAUCCAUUUGUUGGAGCUGGUGUGUGAGAAAUACGGUGGACGUGUUGAUUUGGCGAAAGCAUACUACAAGGCGCUCACAGCUUCAGUGAGAAAACAUUUCGGCGGCAACGGUGUGAUUGCCAGCAUGGAGCAUUGUAACGAUUUCAUGUUACUUGGAACUGAAGCCAUAUCUCUCGGUCGUGUCGGGGAUGAUUUCUGGUGCACUGACCCUUACGGUGAUCCAAACGGUACGUUUUGGCUGCAAGGAUGCCAUAUGGUGCACUGUGCUUACAACAGCUUGUGGAUGGGCAACUUCAUCCACCCGGACUGGGACAUGUUUCAGUCCACUCACCCCUGCGCCGCCUUCCACGCCGCCUCUCGAGCCAUCUCCGGCGGACCCAUCUACGUCAGCGACUCCGUCGGCAAGCACAACUUCGACCUCCUCAAGACCCUCGUCCUCCCUGAUGGCUCCAUCCUCAGGUGCCAGCACUACGCCCUUCCCACUCGAGACUGUCUCUUCUCCGAUCCCCUCCAUGAUGGCAAAACCAUGCUCAAGAUAUGGAACCUCAAUAAGUUCACUGGGGUGAUCGGGGUUUUUAACUGCCAGGGAGGAGGGUGGUUUCCUGAAACCAGAACCACCAAAUGUGCUGCUGAAUGUUCGCAUUUGGUGUCAACCAAAACAAAGCCUCAGGAUAUAGAGUGGAAGAAUGGCGACAACCUCGGCAUUUCCAUCGAAGGAGUGCAGGUUUUUGCCAUGUAUUUCCAUCAGACCAAGAAGGUCAUCUUGUCAAAACCAUCCGAUGCUGUUGAAAUUUCCUUGGAGCCCUUCAAUUUCGAGCUCAUUACUGUCUCUCCGGUGACCGUCUUGUCCGGGAAAUCUGUCCAUUUUGCUCCGAUUGGUUUGGUGAACAUGCUGAACAGCGGAGGGGCUAUUCAGUCGCUGGCUUUUAAUGAAGACCAGAGCGUGGCUGAAGUGGGAGUGAAAGGUAGUGGAGAGAUGAGGGUUUUUGCUUCAGAGAGGCCAAAAGCUUGCAGGAUUGAUGGGAAAGAAGUUGAGUUUCAAUAUGAAGAGGGCAUGGUCGUAAUUCAAGUACCAUGGCCUGGUUCUUCCGGACUCUCCCUGGUUCAGUACACAUUCUGAAUAUGGGGUGUCAAGAAAUACUGAUUAUUAUUAUUAUUUUGUUUUCAAUCAUGAUUGUUAAUAGACAAUGAUUUUGAUUAGGGGGGCCUUUUUUAUCCCUUGCCUAAAGUGGUGUUCUUUUAUAUCUCGUGAACAAGUGAUUUGAAUAUUGUUUGUAAUUCGUGGUGUUAUUUACUAUUUGGCCCGAAAUCUUAUAGAUUUGUUUAACCGAAA